UACUUAAUAAACCAUGGUCAAUGUAAAUGGAGACAGGAAUUCUCCAUUUGCCGUUCUGAAUUGCAGGAAUGAAAGACUCGUCACAUCCAAGGGCAGGCCCCGUCUCCAAACGCACAUUUUUCGCCAGAAGGCAUGAUGAGGGGGUCGCACAUGUAAAGUUCAUCAUCAAAGCUUCGGCUUCUGAACCGCGAGGUCUUCCCUGUCCACGUUCCCAUCCAGCUCGGGGAUUCCUGAGCCGAUUCCUGUUGCAUUGUGGGGGGAGCGGAAGUUGAGGAAGUAGUUGAACAGAUUGAAUGUGUCCAAACAGCACAACCACCACCACCACCACCACCAGCAGCAGCAGCUGCGGAGAGGAGAGUGCGAGUCAGAGAAGUCGGAGAGCAGGCGGGCGACACUUCAAGGAGAAAAUGUUUUAAAACGUGUUCAGGCAGAAAGCUACAACCGCGUAAGGGGCUGUUAUUGUUUAACAAACAAAACACUCCAUUAUGCAUUCAGACUGUAGGCUGGAAUGGCCACAGUGGGAAUGGUGAGAGCCGAAACGAACGGGGCUGGGAUUUUCUUCAUUUCAACAUUCAUCAUCUUGAGCACCAGGACGAGCAGAGCACAGAAAGGUGAUGGUUGUGGCUACACUGUUCUGGGCCCUAACAGUGGGACUCUCUCAUCAAUCAAGUACCCCCACACUUACCCCAAUCAUACGGUCUGUGAAUGGGAGAUCCACGUCAGUCAGGGAAAGAAAGUUCAUUUUAAGUUUGGGGACUUUGACAUUGAAGACUCUGACUCCUGUCACUUCAACUACUUAAGGAUAUAUAAUGGCAUUGGGCCAACAAGGACUGAGAUAGGUAAAUACUGUGGGCUGGGCAUGCAGUGGGACCAGCUGAUUGAGUCCACUGGGAAUGAAGUGACGGUCCAGUUCAUGAGUGGAAUGCACAGGUCUGGACGGGGUUUCUUCCUCUCCUACUCCACCACAGACCACCCAGAUCUGAUCACCUGCUUGGACAAAGGAAUUCACUUCUUUGACCCAGAAUUUAGCAAAUACUGCCCCGCAGGAUGCCAGACUCCUUUCGGGGAGAUUUCAGGAAACAUUCCCCACGGCUACAGAGACUCUUCCUUGAUCUGCAUGGCUGGUAUUCAUGCUGGGGUCGUCUCCAAUGUCCUCGGGGGACAGAUCAGUGUGGUCAGCAGCAAAGGCAUCCCGUACUACGAAAGUGCACUCGCUAAUAACAUUACCUCGGUUGUGGGCCCCCUGUCUAACAGCCUAUUUACUUUCAAAACAAGUGGAUGCUACGGGACGCUGGGCCUGGAGUCCAGAGUGGUGCAUAAUUCCCAGAUCUCGGCCUCUUCGGUGUGGGAGUGGGAGGAUGUGAAUGGGCAGCCAAGUGUGUGGGGGCCCGAAGGGGCCCGUCUGAAGAAGCCCGGUGUUCCCUGGGCUGUAACCGUUAACAACCAGAAUCAGUGGCUGCAGGUGGACUUGAAGAAGGAGAAAAGGAUAACAGGAAUCACAACCACUGGAUCCACCCUCAAGGACUACUACUACUACGUCUCUUCUUACCGAGUGCUGUACAGCCAUGACGGACAGCAGUGGACCGUGUUCAGGGAAACAAACACUGAUCAAGACAAGAUUUUUCAAGGAAACACCAAUUACCUACAAGAGGUCCGAAAUAAUUUUAUCCCUCCCAUUGAAGCGAGGUUCAUUCGAAUCAACCCCACACAGUGGCACCAGAGGAUUGCAAUGAAGUUCGAGCUUCUGGGCUGCCAGCCACACACAGUGAGAGCCCCUCCCCCCCGGCCCCCCCCAAAGAUCAGCACCGACUUCCCCCCACUGUACGACAAGACCACCUACACCCCUGACAUCAAGAACACUACCAUGGCCCCCAGUGGAAACAAAGAUGUGACCUUGGCUGCAGUCCUAGUACCUGUCUUAGUUAUGGCUUUGACUGUGCUCAUAUUGUUCCUGGUGUGUGCCUGGCAUUGGAAAAACAGAAAAAAGAGUGCUGAAGGUGCAUAUGACUUACCACAUUGGGACCGAGCGGGCUGGUGGAAGGGCAUGAAGCAGUUCCUUCCAACGAAAGGCUCUGAGGUGGAGGAGUCCCCAGUGAGAUACAGCAGCAGCGAAGUUAGCCGUCUGAGGGCGAGAGAAGGAGCUCCCGUGCUGCAGGCAGAGCCAGCUGCAGAGGAGUUAGUCUAUCAGGUUCCGCUGAACAGCAGCCAGAAAGUGGUUGACAACGACUGA